UUUAUUUUUAUUUCUUUAGAGAUAGGGUUUUGCUCUGUUGCCCAGGCCAGAGUGCAGUGGCACAGUCACAGCUCACUGCAACCUCCAACUCCUGGGCUCAAGGCGAUCCUCAGCCUCCUGGGACUACAGGUGCGUGUCACCACACCCAGCUCCAGUUGAUAGAUUCAUCUCCAGCUGAUAAAGGAGGAAACCGAGGUACUGAGAGGUUAAAAAACCUUCCUGGAUACACUUGUCCAGCAAGUGGCCACUCCAGGAUUUGGACCAAGGUGACGUGUCUUCAGGCUGCCUCUCUGCCACUGUGCCAUGCGGUUGGGUGACAGUCAGCAGUGGGUGGGUGCCUGCAGUGGUCUGUAAAGACCACCUGAGAUGUCCUUCCUCCUCUGUUCCACCCUGUCCAGGUCCAAGACAGUUUAUGAAGACAGAGCAGGUGUGACUCUCUCAGCGUGCUCCUGUGUGAGAAGCAGGCUGACGCCCCAAAGGGAAGGGCGGAUAACAGAGACAGUGCAAGCGGAGGACAUAAGGGUGCCUCAAAGCCCGGAGGCUGGGCGAUGCAGGAGCCUGCGUGUCCCGAGGGGGGUGCUGGGCCCAGUGUGAGUACGUGUGACUGUGACUGAGACAGUGUGACUGCUGAAGGCAGGGACAUAGCAGCUCCCUGACUGGGGGCGGAAGGCGUUAACUGUGUGAAGGCUGGUUGUGGGUGGGUGGGCUCUGGGCCUCGAACCCGGGGGCUGAGGGAGAUAGUAAACAGCAGGGUGACUGACGGGAGGAUCAUGUUGGUAGCCCUGCGAAGAUGCUGCAGGGCUGUGGGGGUUUGUGUGACUUUGCAGUUCAACAAAUUCAAAUUCAGCCAACGCUGGCAGGGCCUGUUGUGCCAGGCAACCAGCUAGGAGGAGGAGACUCGGACCCAGCUUGCAGCUGAAGGGCGCUGGCUGCCGGAUUCACCUUGUGGUGCCUUCCCUUGCUGGCAUUGAGUCCUUACAAUAGUCCCAUCCCCAGGUUGAGGCUAGAUGGAGGGGCACAGAGGGAAGUGACUUGCCCAAGGUGACCCAAGCUCCCGAGUGCCAGGGCAGGAUCUGAAUUCAGACUCUCAGGCUGCAGAGCCUCAGUCCCUCCCCGCCAUGCCUGUGCCAGGGUGGAAAUGUCUGGUCCUGGAGGGGAGCUUGGACUCCUGGCCUUGGCUCUGGAGACAUCCCCCUAGACCACGUGGGCUCCUAACCUGUCCAUGGUCACUGUGCUGAGGGGCGGGACGGUGGGUCGCCCCUAGUUCUUCUUUCCCCGGGGCCAGAUUCAUGGACUGAGGGGUUGCUCGGCUCUCAGAGACCCCCUAAGCGCCCCGCCCUAGCCCCAAGCCCUCCCCCAGCUCCCGCUCCCCCCCUCCUGGCGCUGACUCCGGGCCAGAAGAGGAAAGGCUGUCUCCACCCACCUCUCGCACUCUCCCUUCUCCUUUAUAAAGGCCGGAACAGCUGAAAGGGUGGCAACUUCUCCUCCUGCAGCCGGGAGCGGCCCGCCUGCCUCCCCGCGCGCCCGCAGCCUCCCCCGCUGCCUCCCUAGGGCUCCCCUCCGGCCGCCAGCGCCCAUUUUUCAUUCCCCAGAUAGAGAUACUUUGCGCGCACACACAUACAUACACGCGCAAAAAGGAAAAAAAAAAAAAAAAGCCCACCCUCCAGCCUCGCUGCAAAGAGAAAACCGGAGCAGCCGCAGCUUGCAGCUCGCAGCCCGCAGAGGACGCCCAGAGCCGCGAGCGGGCGGGCAGACGGACCGACGGACUCGCGCCGCGUCCACCUGUCGGCCGGGCCUGGCCGAGCGCGCAGCGGGCACGCCGCGCGCGCGGAGCAGCCGUGCCCGCCGCCCGGGCCCCGCGCCAGGGCGCACACGCUCCCGCCCCCCCACCCGGCCCGGGCGGGAGUUUGCACCUCUCCCUGCCCGGGUGCUCGAGCCGCCGUUGCAAAGCCAACUUUGGAAAAAGUUUUUUGGGGAAGACUUGGGCCUUGAGGUGCCCAGUUCUGCGCUUUCCGAUUUUUGGGGCCUUUCCAGAAAAUGUUGCAAAAAAGCUAAGCCGGCGGGCAGAGGAAAACGCCUUUAGCCGGCGAGUGAAGACGAACCAUCGACUGCCGUGUUCCUUUUCCUCUUGGAGGUUGGAGUCCCCUGGGCGCCCCCACACGGCUAGACGCCUCGGCUGGUUCGCGACGCAGCCCCCCGGCCGUGGAUGCUCACUCGGGCUCGGGAUCCGCCCAGGUAGCGGCCUCGGACCCAGGUCCUGCGCCCAGGUCCUCCCCUGCCCCCCAGCGACGGAGCCGGGGCCGGGAGCGGCGGCGCCCGGGGGCCAUGCGGGUGAGCCGCGGCUGCAGAGGCCUGAGCGCCUGAUCGCCGCGGACCCGAGCCGAGCCCACCCCCCUCCCCAGCCCCCCACCCUGGCCGCGGGGGCGGCGCGCUCGGUCUACGCGUCUGGGGCCCCGCGGGGCCGGGCCCGGAGUCGGCAUGAAUCGCUGCUGGGCGCUCUUCCUGUCUCUCUGCUGCUACCUGCGUCUGGUCAGCGCCGAGGGGGACCCCAUUCCCGAGGAGCUCUAUGAGAUGCUAAGUGACCACUCCAUCCGCUCCUUCGAUGAUCUCCAGCGCCUGCUGCACGGAGACCCUGGAGAGGAAGAUGGGGCCGAGUUGGACCUGAACAUGACCCGCUCCCACUCUGGAGGCGAGCUGGAGAGCCUGGCUCGUGGAAGAAGGAGCUUGGGUUCCCUGACCGUUGCUGAGCCAGCCAUGAUCGCCGAGUGCAAGACUCGCACCGAGGUGUUCGAGAUCUCCCGGCGCCUCAUAGACCGCACCAAUGCCAACUUCCUGGUGUGGCCGCCCUGCGUGGAGGUGCAGCGCUGCUCCGGCUGCUGCAACAACCGCAACGUGCAGUGCCGCCCCACCCAGGUGCAGCUGCGGCCCGUCCAGGUGAGAAAGAUCGAGAUUGUGCGGAAGAAGCCAAUCUUUAAGAAGGCCACGGUGACGCUGGAGGACCACCUGGCAUGCAAGUGUGAGACAGUGGCGGCUGCACGGCCUGUGACCCGAAGCCCGGGGGGUUCCCAGGAGCAGCGAGCCAAAACACCCCAAACUCGGGUGACCAUUCGGACGGUGCGAGUCCGCCGGCCCCCCAAGGGCAAGCACCGGAAAUUCAAGCACACGCAUGACAAGACGGCACUGAAGGAGACCCUCGGAGCCUAGGGGCAUCGGCAGGAGAGUGUGGGCAGGGUUAUUUAAUAUGGUAUUUGCUGUAUUGCCCCCAUGGGGUCCUUGGAGUGAUAAUAUUGUUUCCCUCGUCCGUCUGUCUCGAUGCCUGAUUCGGACGGCCAAUGGUGCUUUCCCCCACCCCUCCACGUGUCCGUCCACCCUUCCAUCAGCGGGUCUCCUCCCAGCGGCCUCCGGCGUCUUGCCCAGCAGCUCAAGAAGAAAAAGAAGGACUGAACUCCAUCGCUGUCUUCUUCGCCUGACUCCAAGAACUUGGGAUAAGAGUGUGAGAGAGACUGACGGAGUCACUGUUUGGGGGAAACGGGCUCCUUCCCCUGCACCUGGCCUGGGCCACACCCGAGCGCUGUGGACUGGCCGGAGGAGCCCUGCACAUGGCCCUGAGGACCUCUCAGCGUAGCCUGCCUGGUCCCUGGACCCCUGGCCAGCUCUGAGGGGAGACACCUCCAGGCAGGCCAGGCUACCUCGGACUCCGUGGCUAAGACCACAGACGGGCGCACAGACUGGAGAACACCCCUCCCACAGUGCCCAAACACCAGUCACCUCGUCUCCCUGGUGCCUCUGUACGCAGUGGCUUCUUUUCGUUUUCGUUUUGAAGACGUGGACUCCUCUAGGUGGGUGUGGCCAGCACACCAAGUGGCUGGGUGCCCUCUCAGGUGGGUUAGAGACGGAGUUUGCGGUUGAGGUGGCUGUAGAUGGUGACCUGAGCAUCCCCUGCCUCCUGCCACCUGUUCCUCCCUGCACUCCACUCUGAUUCACCUCUUCCUCUGGUUCCUUUCAUCUCUCUACCUCCACCCUCCGUCUUCCUCUUGUCCUGGCCCUUCAGUCUGCUCCACCAAGGGGCUCUUGAACCCCUUAUUAAGGCCCCAGAUGAUCCCAGUCACUCCUCUCUAGGGCAGAAGACUAGAGGCCAGGGCAGCGAGGGACCUGCUCAUCAUUUUCCACCCCAGCUAAGACUGCCAUGUAAGGUUGUGCAGGGUAUGCACUGCACAAAGACAUUGUAUGCAGGGAGCACUGUUCACAUCAUAGAUAAAGCUGAUUUGUGUAUUUAUUAUGACAAUUUCUGGCAUAUGUAGGUAAAGAGGAAAAGGAUCCUUUUCCUAAUUCACACAAAGAUUCCUCGUGGACUGGCCGUGCCCCUGAUGCAGCCUGUGGCUUGGAGUGGCCAAAUAGGAGGGAGACUGUGGUAGGGUCCGGGAGGCAACACUGCUGUCCACAUGACCUCCAUUUCCCAGAGUCCUCUGCUCCAGCAACUGCCCUUCCAGGUGGGUGUGGGACACCCGGGAGAAGGUCUCCAAGGGAGGGUGCAGCCCUCUUGCCCGCACCCCUCCCUGCUUGCACACUUCCCCAUCUUCGAUCCUUCUAAGCUCCGCCUCUGGUGGCUCCUCCUAGGAAACCAGCUUUGGGCUGGGAAUGGGGGAGAGAAGGGAAGAGAUCCCCAAGACCCCCUAGGGGUGGGGUCUGAGCUCCCACCUCCCUUCCCACCUACUGCACUUUCCCCCUUCCCACCUUCCAAAACCUGCUUCCUUCAGUUUGUAAAGUCGGUGAUUAUAUUUUUGGGGGCUUUCCUUUUAUUUUUUAAAUGUAAAAUUUAUUUAUAUUCCGUAUUUAAAGUUGUAAAAAAAAAUAACCACAAAACAAAACCAAAUGAAUCUGCCGGAGGUCUGUCUGUUGGCAUCAUGUGUGACAAUUAACCUUUCUGCCUUGGCAGGAUGUGCCGACAGCUUGCGGCGUGUUCCUCUCACUCUGGGAGCCUCAGGCGCGAUCGCACACACUGGCGCGCGCACACACACACACACACACAUCCAUGCUCACACAUGCGUGCACAUACACGCAGGCCCGUGGCUUCGGGGAGGCCUCAGUGCAGUGGGAGGGAAGAGACACACAGGCCACUCUGUCGGUCUUGGUCCUGACGCAGUCCUGACACGUGGACUUGUGCCUGUCUCUGGCAGUGACGAGAGAUGGGUUUCUGCAGCCUGAGGGUUUCCAUAGAGGAAGUGGAUCCUCCGCAUCGUGGGGUGGGCUGGCUGUGGGGAGGGAACAGCCACUGUGGGGAACACUGGAGGAAGUCCCAGAGGGGAUGUGGGAUUUAGAAGGAAACAGUGGAAAGCCGGGUCUGGGGUCUGGUCUCGGCUUAGCCCUUAGCCAGCUGUGUGGCCUUGGGCAAGUCACAGACUCACUCCGGCCAGAGAGGUUGAGGAAAGGUGCGUGGGCUCCAAGCUCCUGCGUUCUGCGCUUUCUCUUGCUUAUGAAGACUUGGGUACCAGCUCAUAAAAAAGAGGCUAAAUGUAGUCUAGGUCCCACCUGCAGCGUGGACUGGGGCUAAGAGGGACCCAGAAACUAAAGAUCUGGGUGCUCAUAAGGGCAAUCUAAAACUAAAACCAUUUUGCCCCCCGAAGUAGUGAGCCCCGUGUCACUGGAAGUGUAUAAGCGAAAAUGGGAACAAUGUGGCUGAGGUUAGACUGAAUAACAUUUGGGCUCCCAGCAAUUGAUUGAUCAAUGGACUGAUUCAUUCCUUCACUCACUCACUUUCUUGAACCUCUGACAUGUGCCUGUUACGGCCAGGAGCUUUUAUAGUCAUUUGAUUUGAAUUCAUCCUGGGGUUCCUAGCCCAGCCCUUGAGGAAGUAGAGUCCACCCAUGGUGGUAGUGGGCCGUGCAGAUCCGAGGGAUCUGUUUACCUGGCAGCUCCUACCCCUGCCUGCCCAAUCCUGACUGGGGCCCUCCCUUCUCCCCUAAAUCCCCAGUGUUGUCAGUUUCCAGGGCACAAGAGAAGGAUCUGGCUGGGAGGAGGAAGAGACAGCUCCACCAGGAGAUGGACAUCAGAGGUCAGCUGGAGAGCCCAGCGCGUGCAGCAUCCUGGCAGCUACCAACAGCUGGUCUGUGCCAUGGAUCGCUGCGGGCACUUCCCAGGCAGAGCUGUCUGAAUCUUUCCCCAUUUCCUGGGUGCUGUCCCAUGCAGCAGCCCAGCAGAGUCUGUGGGCCUUCCAGGGGCCCGGUGGGUCUUCUCAAGGUCUUAAAGUUGCCAGGCUAAAAUGGCAUUCUUCCAGAAAUCCCUUUGCUGGAGACAAAGCAUUCUUUUCUUCAUGCCUCUCCACUGCACUGUUGGCUGUAAUACAGAUGUGAUGUCUGGUGCUCAAGCAGCCAUAUUGAGCCAUGAGGUGAAAACCAAAUGCUGAGGAUUGUGGGGCAAGAUGGAAGGCAGCGUCCCCAAUGCCUGGGCUGCCUCGUUCAGGAGCUUUCACGGAAGAAAGAAAGAAACUUCUUUCUGUUUGAGCUACUCUGGUUUUGGGUUUUCUGUCCCUUGCAACUGAACCUAAUCCUAAUAGAUAGCCCUGUUUACUUUGGGAGAGAGAGGACAUGGCUGCUGGUUUGGUCCUUUUCUCUCCUACCCGCCUUAGGCACUCAGUUUCACCUUGUGAACUCUUAGAAACUCUCCUCUGUUCACUCAGAUCCUCAUCUCCCCAAGGUGUCUUCUUGGUCCCAGCCUGCAGCCUUCGACCAGAGCAUAGAGCCGUAGCUUUCUUUGGACAGCAUCUGCUGCUUUUGUAAAAUAAUAAAAUAUGAAACAUUUACUGCUAAUAAAGUAAACUAUCUGUGAA